CGGCGAGGCAGGCGAGGUAGGCUUCGGCUAGGUCGGUCCCAGAAUAUCGGCCUACCCGGCCUGCGCACCUGACAGCGAGAUUUUUUUUUCUUCUUUUGUCUGUUGGUGACACCGGAGAUAUGUAGCGUAAUCUAUCUAACCAGUUAGUUUUUUAAUCAGCGGACGUUAUUCAUUCCAAUCGAUCAAGUAUCAAAUUAUUUCGUUUAGUCCAGCUUAAAAUUGAGCCCCGAACCCGAAUUUCCGUCAACUGUGAAUGCUUAAUAAGACCCUCUUCCUUUACGUGAGCAUACUCCGGUCCUCGGCCUAAAUAUCUCUGUCUCCUAAGCCGGCGAGACAGCCAAUGAGCGGUCGCAAUCAUGAUGACGUCGGGGAAGAAGACCGGGGCCCUUUGAGCGAUUUCGACUUCGAUUCCGAGGAGGAGUCUGCUGCGGUUGGUCCCGGGCUCGGCAUCCGAGACGAGAGCGGGCAGGAUGGGACUCGGCUGGUGGCGUCCCGUGCCGGCACCCUAACUAUUGACACCAACGUCGCGGCGGUUGCUAACUACCAAGAACGCAGCCGGAGGCCGAGCGACUCUAAGAAAGUGGUGGCUUGGAGGGAUCUACCUAAGAAGAAGCAGUUGGUGGUCAUUACACUAGCCCGGCUCAGUGAGCCAUUGGUCCAGACGUCUCUGCAGUCAUACAUGUUCUACCAGCUACGAUGGUUUGACCCAAGUCUGCCGGACUCUACCAUCUCGAGCCAGGCCGGUAUCCUACAUGCGAGCUUCACCGCCGCGCAGUUCUUCACUGCUAUGAUGUGGGGCCGGGUUGCCGAUUCUACCUGGGCUGGCCGAAAGACGGUUAUCAUGAUAGGAUUGUUUGGAACCCUCAUCUCAUGUCUUGGAUAUGGCUUCUCGACGUCUUUCUCCCAAGCUCUGUUAUUUAGAGCUCUGGGUGGUGCAACUAACGGCAACGUUGGAGUGAUGAGGACUAUGAUUAGCGAGAUUGUUCGCGAGAAGAAAUAUCAGUCCCGGGCAUUCCUAAUCUUGCCCAUGACGUUCAAUAUUGGCGUCAUCAUUGGCCCAGUCCUUGGUGGCGUCCUAUCCGAUCCGGCGGGCUCAUAUCCCGACACUUUUGGCAACAUAGAGUUCCUUCAGAAAUUUCCUUAUGCCAUGCCAAAUCUUGUUAGCACGGGGUUUCUGUUCAUCGCCUUAUUAAUGUGCUGGAUGUUUUUGGAAGAGACACAUGAUGCCUUGCAAGACAGGCGAGAUUUCGGAAUUAUCAUAGGCCGGAAGUUGACAUCACUAUUCACAUCGCUCUUCAAGAAACGCGGCACGACUAUAGCAUAUACGCGUCUACACUCACGAGACUCUAGUAUAAGUACGAAUAUGGAGCUGUCGCCCGUUACACCGAGGGAUUCGUCUGAAAAUGCACCGAUCACUUCGAAGAGGCCAUCUAGGCGCAGGUACACGACUAUACUUCCUUUCCGUCGCAUAUUUACAUCAAACGUAUCCUUUACGUUCAUUGCUCACUUCUUCCUUGCUUUCCACGUCGGCACCUUUAACUCGCUCUGGUUUAUCUUCCUCUCAACACCUGUUUACAAUCCGAGCAACCCAGACCCCCCGGAUUUUAAGCCGCAGCUACCUUUCAGGUUCACGGGUGGGCUGGGCUUACCCCCUAGUUCCGUCGGCAUGGCUAUGGCGAUCUUGGGUGUGAUUGGCAUUACGAUGCAGCUAUUCUUAUACCCUCGUCUAUCAUCGCGCUUGGGUACAGUCCGCUCGUGGCGCAUGUGUUUAUUUCUUUUCCCUAUCGCAUACACUUUAAUCCCAUUCUUAUCGGUUGUGCCAUCAAGUACGCCGCCUCCGAGUCAGAAGACAGGUUCUUGGAUAUGGGCUGCUAUUGCCGGCGUGCUAUUUAUUCAGGUUACAGGGCGCACAUUUGCCCUCCCCGCCCAGACGAUUUUAGUCAAUAACUGCACGCCGCACCCUAGUGUGUUAGGCACUGUUCAUGGACUUGGCCAGAGUGUUAGCAGUUUCGCCCGGACGGUUGGCCCGGUCAUGUGCGGAUGGCUCUAUGGUCUUGGCUUGAGUCACGGCGUAGUCGGCGGGGUGUUUUGGGGCCUUGCGGGCGUGGCUCUGUGUGGUUUAGUUGCGAGCUUCUGGGUUAGAGAAGGAAAUGGACAUGAAAUUUGGCUAGAAGGGGACGAAGACGAAGAAGACGGGCAUGCAUGAGGAUGGCAUGCUUUUCAACCUUGUUUUUAGAUAUGAUGUACGCGUCAACAUUUAGAGCAUUCGGGAGGCAUAAGACAUGAUAUGAUGAGUUUAUAGAUAAAUUAACUAGAUCAAAUUUAGAGUAAAUUUAGAACAGCACGGGCAUAUAUAUGCGCCAAAAUACCUAAACAUUAGAGGUUACCACCCGGGCAACACAAAAGCC